AUGGGAGGAGGGGGCACCCAAGUUGAACCCUCGGGACCCCCGGACGAGGAGCCGACAGGAUGCAUGGAUCCCGCCGACACCAAGCACGGGCCCGCCAACACCGGCAACGACGGCAACGACGGGGGAGGCGGAGUCGCUGGAGAAAGGACCAUGGGUGUGGCCCGAGCCACCGGCCACCCAAAGGCCUCCGCUGCAGCGACAAAAUUCGACGCCCGGAUCGACGCGCCCGCGGCCGCAGUUCAUGCGGCAGAACACCAUCAUGAGCACACGCGUCACCAGAGCCGAAACACGCAGGAGGAUGGCGGCCCUCCAGGAACCUCGCCCGGAUGGUCGGAGACCCGGCCUACCCGAGCUCCGCGGCGGGCCCUGGAGCGGACUCGAGACGAGGACUCCGCACCAGAACCCGCGGUGAGCGACGACAGCGACGUGGAGGUGAUCGGCGAUCCCGCCGUCGAGGAGAGAGAGUGGCGACUCCGGAAGGCGGCGGCGGGCGGUCGGAUACCGCGCGGGACGACGGAUGUCGGAGGAGAGGAACUCCCGAGGAGCCACUCGGAGGCGGUCUGUCGGGCCACCGAGGAGUCUCAGAAGCGGUUCCGAGACCGGGAGCCGUCGGACGAGGAGCAGCAACGAUACGCGGCCGAGGAACGCAGCCCGAGGGACGAGGACGAGGACGAACCACGCGCGCCAUCCCCUCCGCGGUGGUUGCCCGAGGUGCCACCCACUCCCCGCUACGAGGGGGAGUGGCUCACGGAAGGCGCUCGAGACGGCGACGAUGGAGCACCGUUGGCCACGCCGCCGUGGAGGCCGGCCCGGCCACCCACGCCGCGAUACACGGAGCCACGACGACCGGAGGAGCAGACGCCGAGCGAGGAGUCGACCGCGCAGCCGAUGCCGCAACCGCAGGAGGAGGACGUCCACCAGGCAAGGGCGGACGAGCCGUCGGUGGUGCGGACGGAGGUGCCGGCCGCGCACGUGAGCCACAGCACACGGGCGUUCGAGGCCGAGGGCAUGCGGUGGCGGCAGCAGACGGUGACAUGGACGUGGCCCGAGGGGCCCGCGACAGGACCGACGAAGGAGGUGCCCAGGAUAUGGGAGGAGGGGGCACCCAAGUUGAACCCUCGGGACCCCCGGACGAGGAGCCGACAGGAUGCAUGGAUCCCGCCGACACCAAGCACGGGCCCGCCAACACCGGCAACGACGGCAACGACGGGGGAGGCGGAGUCGCUGGAGAAAGGACCAUGGGUGUGGCCCGAGCCACCGGCCACCCAAAGGCCUCCGCUGCAGCGACAAAAUUCGACGCCCGGAUCGACGCGCCCGCGGCCGCAGUUCAUGCGGCAGGUAUCGGCGCCGGAGGAAGGCGGUUGGCGUGAGGUCGCCAGGAGCGAGUGGCCGGUGGGCAUUGAGGAAGCACCCGCGGUCGCGACGGCACGGCGGAAGGGCGGCAGGCGGUGCGUCCUGGUCUGCGAUGGCGGGAGGAGGUACCGUGUGAGGCUCGGAGUCGCGGGCAUCCGGGUUUUCGCACAAUAA